UGUUAUAAAAGCUAUUUUAAAGACUAUUUAAAAAGAAUGACAAUAUUGACACAAAAUAUUUAAAGGGUAAGAAACUGAGUUUAGUAAAAUAUGACAUGCUAUAUUCAAAGUGGAGAGCUGUGCAGAUCUAGAACAUUUGCCACAUUUAACGUCCCUUAACUGAACACUGUUCAAAAUGUAGAAAUAGAUUCAAAUGAAUUUUAAUCCGAUCACUAUUUAGAAUAACAUCACUAAAAUGAUAAUGACGUUUCGCUUUAAGAGUCUCACUGCCGUCUGUCAGAUCAGCUGAUCUCAUCGACCUAAACAGCUAACGCUAGCUCAACGUAGCCGGUGUGGAACAUUAUGAAAGAACAUGGCGAUUUAAUACCACACGAUAAGGUAGGAUAUUGACGAAAAGAAUGACAUUGAAAACGAAUCGUGUUUGGUUGUGUAGGGCAGAUACAUCGCUGUGUUUGUCUAAUAAACAUCGCUGCUCCGUCUAGCUAUUUAUCAUUUAGCAAACCUGCGUCAGUGGCACAGGCUAACAGGCUAAGUCACCUAAACAAACGGGUAAACUAAGCUACAGUUAGCUACACAAUAUUAGCCACACUGAUCGUAUAUCAAGAGGGCAGUUAACUAAGACAUAUACUGUGCAUUAUAUGUAUAAUAGCGGUAAAGUGUACACGUCAAUGUGGCAAUAUAACAAACAUGAAUAAUUGACCGUUUGGGAUUAUGGUUCAGUAGUCGUAUGGCCCAGUGUUAGCUUCACGUAAAACUAGCAGAACGUAAAAAUAUCACGUUAGCGUUACAUUUCCUCGACGCUCUGCUUAUGUUUCGUACUUUCGUCGUAGUAAUAUUAGGAACAGUGUCAUCAUCUUUGAUUAAAUUGUGCCUCUGAAUUGAACUGGCUUCUUCUUCAGGGUAAAAUAGCAAUUGUAUUUACUGCGUUAGAUGUUGUUUAUUAUAACUAUUAAUCAACAAAUAUCAUGCUAGUUCACAGUCUCUUAGUGCUUUACAUUACGCAGCAACACCAGGGAGAGAGAGUCAAGUCUGCCUGGGAAUGUGUUCUUUCAAUGUGCACUUUUUAUUUUCAGAUCCUGGCUUUGGUAAGGAAUUGAGAGCUUCUGGCCACCAACCAGAUUGAAAGCUUUAAUUGAUAACUAAGUAUGUAUUAUCAUUGAGAAUGGGAGGAAGUGGAUCCAAAGCCAAAGGUGUCUGGCCUUUCUCAGGCAAUGGAGCUGGAGGGGAGGCAGCCAGUGAUGGGACCGAGCAGUCUGUGACCCGCCUCAAAGCUUCCAGAAAUGCAACCCCGUUUAUUUUCACCAGGAGGAGUUCUUUGUACUACGACGAAGACGGUGACCUUGCCCAUGAAUUCUAUGAAGAGACGGUUGUGACAAAAAAUGGCAGGAAAAAGUCCAAGUUGAAGAGGAUCCAGAAAAAUCUGAUUCCACAGGGAAUGGUGAAGCUGGACCACCCAUGUAUUCAUGUAGAUUUCCCCAUCAUCAUCUGUGAGGUGUGAAGUUGCACAGGACUGAUCUACUAUGAAGUGCAGCCACAGGUUCUCUAUUUGGAGCAAAGUCUGGUCCCAGUGUUCAAGCAUUACACUCAAGACGAGUUGUCUCUGGAGAGAAAAAAGAAAAAUCCAACUGAUAUAUUGAAUGAAAUGUCAUACAUUUUUAUUCAACUAAGAUCAGACGGUGCCCUGUUCACAAAAUCAAUAUUUUGAUAUCCACUAAAGUAGUGUUGGUACAGGUUGUGUGUCCACUACCCAGCUGAUAUGUAGGCAGUCUAUACAAUACAUCAAAUGGAGCUGUAUUUUUCUUGUGAGUUCUUUGCAGGGAAUAACAUCCUCGAUUUGAAAAGGCUUUAACGUUUUAUGCCUUCUGUGGGACAUAGAGUGAGUGUCUUUGUACGUGUACAUGUGUGCACUUAGGUUUGUUUGAAGGAAUGUGUGUGACAGAAAAACUGAGGAUGUAGUUACAGGGUAGAAUAAUUAAGGUUUGUGAAAUGUAUUGUAUAUAUGGUCAUGUUCUGUAUUGUCAUGUCUGAGUCUGUCUCAGUAACCGGAGCUCAGACCUGCACUAGUGAACAUAAUGUACUGUAAAUAAUAUCAGAUUUCUUAGUUGGAAUUACUUGAAUAAAUGGUUUACUGAGCGAAA